UUCUUCUCCGUCCUUGCUGCGCAGAAAUCCUUUCUUGCCUCCAUCCACGAGAAUUUCAAAGGAAAACAGAGAUUUGAGUUUAAAGUUCUCGGCUUAAUUGUAAGAUUGGUAUCGGAUUUAAACUCAAUAUGGCUAAACGAGAGCUUUCCACCACUCUGAAAAACUUGAAGUUCAUGCAAAGAGCGGCUCAGAGAGAGGAGACGGUGAAAAAAGAAGAGGUCAAACCUGACGGGAAUUUUACUUCCCGUGGUACCGUUACUAGGAAGUGUGCUGUAACAAUGGAAGGCGACCCUCAUCCAGGAGCAGUAAAAGGUCGAAUGUCCUUCCAAAGUUUCAACCCGUCUAUUGAUAAAUUGAAUGAAGAAGCAACGAAACCUCGUCAGCCUGCAUCCCCUGCCACUUCUUCCGGAGCUGAAAGUGGAAGAGUAUCAUUUAGAGAAAAUGGGUCCUCAGCUGAUGAAGCAGAGUGUUCAAAUAGAGACAAACCCAAAUCCAAGGCAAAUAGAGACCACAAAAGAAAACAGUCGCACGUAGGGUCUGAAUCUCAAUAUUCAAAUAAAUCACCCAAAAGCAACCAAGGUGACGAGCAGGCAUCAGCAAGUGAAAGGAAAGGCGGCUUCAAGAAGCCGAAUGGUGGAAAUCUUGAUUUUAAUCUGCUUAGACGAUCGAACAGUUAGUUGAAUUUGCUGCUUAACUUGUAAUCAAGGUAUCUCUCCUUCCACCUACCAAUUACUAUCAUCCCUAGUUAAAAGAGUUAAUGGAUAUGGCAGCAAUAAUUUUAACUUUAGUUUGGCAUGUUAAAUUGUGGGGCCUAAUUAUUACGGUGACGUAGAGACAGCAGGCGGAGAUCAUUAGUGGAGUGUGAGAAAACACAUAAGAGUCCAAUAGAAGCACGAGUUGUGAUUUCUUGUAAUCUUAUUUAUUAAUUAUUAUAGUGAAUUUUUGCGGCGAUUGAAAACGGACUUAAUUAGA